ACAAUGACUAGCUACGAAGUACCCAAGGACUAUAGCGCGCUCAAGGGCAAAACAAUCCUGAUCACGGGAUGCGCUACAGGCAUUGGCCGUGAGGCGGCAAAAUUUGCAUACGCGAACGGAGCAAACUUGGCCCUUGCGGACAUCAAUGAGAAGGAUGCCAACGAGCUUGUCAAAGAGCUCGGGAAUGACAGCCGGGUCCUUUUUCAGAAAGUGGACGUGUCGGACUGGGUGAGCUUCCGCAGCAUCUUCGACGCUGCCAUCGAUAAGUUCGGCGUUAUACAUGCGGUGCUGUCAAACGCCGGCAUGCACCAUGAAGAGUUGCUCAAGGAAGAGUUCGAUAGUGACGGCAAACUUGGAAAACCCAAUCUCGCAUCCAUUGAUAUCAAUCUGGUUAGCCACCUCUACGCGUCCAAGCUGGCCUUUCACUACUUCAAAAAGGGGCCACAAGGUCCACGCCAAAUCGUCUACACCGGAUCCGCUGCGUCCUAUCUCGACACAGCUCCCCUCUACCAGUACGGUGCUGCGAAGACGGGAGUUCUUGGCUUGAUGAGGGCGUUCCGGCUAACGGCGCAAAAAGUCAAUGUGUCUGUCAACAUGGUUGCUCCCUGGAUGACUGAAACAAACAUGAUGCCAAAAUUUCUUGCGGAUAUAUGGGGCGAGCUUCCAAGAAACACCCCACUUGGUGUCGGGAAGGCCCUGCUACUUCCUGUCAUCAGGGAAGAUCUCCAUGGAAAAUCCUUCUGGAUUGGUGGAGAUGCAUUGGUAGAGUUGGAAGACAAGAUACACGAGACCCAGCCAUUGUGGAUGGGAAGUGAGCUGAGCGCGGGCGUCAAUGAAGGCAACCGUAGAAUGCUUGUUCUAGCCACAAGCCCAGCAGAUUCUAUGGCAGGGAAAUGA